AUGAUUAUUUUAUCUAAUUGUUUAUUAUUUUUACAUUGCCCUUAAAAUAAAAAACUUAAUAAAAAAGCAAAUUAUUAGUGUGGAAAUAGAAAUUCCAAACAAAAGAAAAAAAGCCUUUAAAUAAAGGAUGCCAUAAUCAAAUUCCAAAUUAUUUUAAAAUAAAUCAUUGAAAUGCUAAAAAAUCUACUACAAGUGUUGAGAUAGUUAUUGCAAUCUAUAUGAGUACAAGUUCUUGCUACACUUACAGUUGUUCCAUUAACAAAACAUCCGGA